UUAACUUAGAUUUAUGUUAUACGGAGUGCGCAAAGUAACAAAUUGGAGUUCAAAAAAUAUUUUCAUUACCGGAAAUAAUGUUAUAAACCUGUCAAAAAUAGAAGAUCUAAAACAGUCCGCAGAAUUAAGUGGCAAAAGUGUAGAAUGGUGUUGCGACAGGAAUUUUAGUAAAAAGUUAAAAACCUAAAGAUUUAAUACAAGACAAAUACAAUCAACCUGAUAAGAGUCGUCAGCAUUGCUGUGUAAGAAAAUUAACAGAGUUAAUUGCGAGACAAUUUAUUACAAACCGUAAUGUGUAAAACCGUAAAAUUGAUCGUGCUGCAAGUGUUAUUGGAGUGUGCACGUGCCUGGACUGGAGACUCUUACUACAGCGACAGAUAUGGCAUGGAUGGUAUAAGUUACACCACAGAUGAUGGAAGUAAUGGCCUAUGGUCCGACAGCGACACAUAUCUUCCAAACAAUCCAUAUGCAGGAGAAGUUUCAACAGGGUGUUCCUAUGACGAUACAUCUGGUCUCAUCACUUCAUGUAGCGGCAAUACCAUUGUCCUUGCAAAUCUUGCCAUUCCGAAUAUCACAGCUGGAAUGUUUCCGGAGACAACUGUUUCUAUACAAAUAUGGUACUGCAGCAAUUUUGAGCUGUUUGAAGACCGAACAUUUGAAAAUCUAACACAGCUAACAUAUUUGAAAGUUCAAGGCACCAGUUUAAACCAUGUUCCUGAUCUAUCUAAAACAGCCAUUGAAACACUAAAUCUGGCCGGGAAUAUGAUAACAAUCGACACAAACAAUCACAGGGGCUGGCUGUUUCCGUCAACCAUUCAAAGAAUAGCACUCAUGGACAAUGAAAUAUAUUGGAUACCGAACAGCAUGAUAUCCGGUCCAAAUCUUCGCAUUGUGAGUUUUGGUAAUAACAAAUUGACACAGAUUCAGCAAUCGAUAUUUGGUGAUGUAUCAGCACUUGUUUAUUUAGGUAUGGAUGGGAAUGAAAUAGUAAGAAUCUCCAAAAACAGUUUGGCGCCAUUAGCAGUAAACAAUUUCCUUCAUUUAAAUCUGAGCAAUAAUGUAAUUUCAUAUGUUCAAGGAGGUGCAUUCAGUCAGUUACCAGCCAUAAAAAUAUUGGAGAUGCACCAGAACUCAUUGACAACUGUGAACGUUAACGUGUUCACUAACAUGCCAAAUCUACUUCACCUUGAUCUCCAUGCAAACGAUAUACGGAUGCUGCCUAGCAGGUCCCUAGAGAAUCUUCCAUCACUGAAAGAACUUCGACUUCAUUCACAGAAAACAGCCAUGACAUCUAUUGCCUAUGAUGCCUGGACUAAUAUUGCUGAUAACCUUAUUGAAUUAUUUGUCAGCGACAAUGCACUACCAACGUUUCCCCACCAGAUACUUGAGGAGUCUUCAUAUCCGAAACUUGUCAAACUUCAUGCCGACAAUAAUGCUAUAACCAACAUCACAGAAUAUGGUGAAGAAGCAUUUCCAACAAACCAGUUCUUUCUACACAGUCAGAAAUCAAAAACGUUUACACCAUUCUCAGCACUUCCUGCAUUAGAAUAUCUCCAACUGGACAGCAAUGACAUAACUACAAUCAACACGACAGAUUUGUGUGAAUUACAGACUCUGUUAGAACUGCAUUUGUCGUACAACCAAAUAAGGGAAUCAACGAUGGAUGUCGACUGCUUUGCCUGUCUGCCUGUCCUUAAACGUUUAUAUCUGCGUCAAAAUUACAUACAGUAUGUACCAGAAGCACUCCAGUCGUCGACUGUGGUACCUGCUCUACAGGUUCUAGUUCUCAGUGGAAACAGAAUCACAUUCCUGCAAAAAUAUGCCUUCACCAAUGUUAGCACCUUAUUGUAUAUAUACAUUCCAUAUAACAGAAUUCUUGCAAUAGAAAAUGAAGCAUUUCCAACACAACUGAAACUUUUGAGAAUGAAUAACAAUGAUUUUAGAUUUCUGCACAAGUAUCCAUUCCAAAACCUGGCUAGUCUAACAGAUUUAUAUCUUGGAAACAAUGAAAUACAAUACCUUCCAGAUGAAGCAUUUGAUGGAUGUACUUCCCUAAACAAUUUGUUUCUGGACGACAACAAUAUUGCACAGCUGAAAAAAAAUCACUUUAUGGGUGUACCCCUUACAGGAAGUUUCACUGCAACUAAUAAUGAUAUAGGAUGGAUAGAAGAUGGAACGUUUGCGCAUAUAUCAGCUAUGACAAAUCUGGAUCUGUCGGACAAUAAACUAACAACAUUACCUGCUGGUGGCGAUUUUGAAGACCUGACAGUUACUGAAUCGAUAGAUCUUUCCAAUAACAGAAUAAAUGUUCUCAGAACGGAAUGUUUCAAGAACUUGUUUGUAGGACAAACAUUGUCGCUGUCUGGCAAUCAGAUCACAGAAAUUGAGAGUUAUGCUUUUAAUGGUGUGCAAAUAACCGAUCUCAGUCUGGCAGGCAAUCCCUUACGGCAACUAAAUUCAUACUCUUUCAAUGACGUGCAGGUUUCAAACAAUGUAGACAUGCAAAGUAUGUCGUUUACAAAAAUUCCAACGAGGACGUUUAAUGAUGUAUCUGCCAGGACUAUUGACAUGGGUCCAGGGAUAAUAUCAGAUAUUGAAGAAGAAGCAUUUACCAACUUUACUGUCACUGAUCUUGACCUUAGCGGAAAUGCGUUGAAUACACUUACAAAAUCCAUAUUUGGAGGCAUUUCCUCAGUAUCCGAGGACUUGUUUCUCAACUCCAACAACAUAACUGGAAUCAGCUUCGAUGCCUUUGACAAUGGUGACCUAUACAAUCUUUAUAUGCAUGAAAACAAGUUUACUUUGUUCCCACAAGUAAUUCAAACACAGCCAUUCAACAUUAUAAAUCUCCAUAACAACGAAAUCACCGAGCUUCCAACAGGUUACCUAUCGGAUCAAACCUCGUUAACAGAACUUUAUUUGGGUAAUAAUCAGUUGGAAUACAUGGAAGCUGGAGUAUUUGACGACUUAACCGCCAUGAGGAUUCUAUCAUUGAGCAGUAACAAUCUUCAAACGCUGCCAGAAGGACUUUUGGAUGCUAUGUCCGGACUAGAAGAAUUGUACCUUUCUGAUAAUUCAAUGACACAUUUACAUUCCCUCAUGGACAAAACAAGCCUGAGAACGGUGGAUAUAAGUAACAACAACUUGGAGACAAUUGAAUCUUCAGCAUUCACUGGACUAACUAGCCUCGAAUCCAUAAAUUUGGGCAAUAAUCCAUUAGAAUGUUCCUGUCAGCUGGUACAAACAAUGGACGAUAUUGCGUCAGUUGUGACGUUGGCAACAUGUGAGCAAAACACUCUUGCGAAUGGAGUAACAUUUGCAGCAUCGGACCUGGAGCUUACUAAUUACUACCUGAAUGUAAAUGCAACUACGUUCCAGUGUAGUGGUGAGAAUGUAACCAGCAGUGGAGUAAGUGAAACAGGAUUUACUAUAACCUGGGACCAGCCAGAUGUUGUAUAUUAUCAGACAAACAAUAGUUUAACAUCAUCACCAUUGAGUGGAUCAGUGGACUAUACGGUUAUAUGCAGCAGCAGUACAGCGAGUACACUGACAGACACAGUUACUGAUGAUGAGGCUGCUAACGGAACAAAGUCAUUUUCUGUGACGUUUGAAGAAGCUGAUGGUGUUUUACCCGGAACUUCAUACGAGUGCUCCAUUGAAACUACAAUAGACGGACAAGACAGUGCAAAAAGCGCACCAGCUGUAUUCACUACACCUGACGGAACAGGAACUAUAACACCGGCUGGACCAAAUGAUACUGAAAUUGAUGUGAAGUAUUAUGACUUUAGUAAGCUACAUGCAGAUUUUGCUGACUUAGAGUACAUAAAAAUAUCUAACCCCAGCUACGUCGACAGUCCUUAUGGGGCAUGGCUUUCAGCUUCUAGUACACCAACUAGUGAAACGUUUUCAACGUGGUACAGGGAGGAUGAUGUGAACAGUGACAACUAUGAAAUUGCUGGGAAACUUAUCUUAGAGUAUAAAACUGGCUCAACUCAGAGGUUCUUCUCUGAUUCAUUUUUCCCUGUAGAUGGGCAGGGUUAUCUGGCACAAUCACAACAAGAUUGUAAUGGACAGUAUCAUAAUUUUGGAUUCACGUCUGCGGUCCGCACGGGGAUAGUUUACAGCGGAUCAGAGAAAAUCACUUUAGCUGGAGGAGAAGCAAUGUGGCUGUACAUCAACAAAAUUCGCAUAUUCGAAUUUCUCUCUAUUGGCUCUACAAUUAUUCCUUGCUAUGUUGUGGAUCUUUCUAAUGCUAUUGCUCCAGAUGGGGUUGCAUAUUUGCAAGAGGGAACUUUAUUGGGAGAAUCUUGCACCAGUUUAUCAGCAGCUACAGAAAUAAGUUUACCAUUAGAGGUUGGUGUUACCUACCAUUUUGACCUGUUCCAUGCUGAAACCCGACGUUGCAGUUCUGAGCUUUUGUUUGAAGUACAAGAUACAACAUUUAGCCUAGACAAAACUAUAGAUCUACCAGUAGAUUAUUCGGUAACCUGGAAUGAGGAUACUCAGAUUGGAGAAAUUCUCACUGAAGUCAAUCUAAUAGACGAUUUCUCUAAAGGGUCAUAUAGUAUCUCAUUAUAUAAAGGGAAUGAGGCACGGCGUUUUACAAUCCAGUCAAGUUCAUACACAUUUACUGCAACAGCAGUACCAACACCAGCCUAUACAACAAUCACAGAUAUAGAGGGCAAUUCUGUCAGUUAUGUUGAAUGUAAUUCAACCUCGUCCCUGGUAACGAUGUAUAAUGAUACAACGUCCGAAUCUUUCUCCAUGUCAACAACGUCACUUUCAGUAACAUUAGCUGCUGAACUAGACUUCGAGGUGGAGACAGAGUACAAUCUACUCAUGACUGUAACUGACCUCGGAAAACCUUUGACUGGAUUUAUUGCCGUCAGGAUUUUAAUCGCAGAUGUCAAUGAUAAUUGUCCGAUAAUAAACCCAACAGCAGUGGCAUUGACACCACAGCCUGUUCUAGUGGCAUCUGCUAUUGCAACGUUUAGUACAUCAGACGCUGACAGUGGUGAAAAUGCUAACAUUCAUUAUGUUGUUACCAGUGUAACAGAAGAUCCACCUGUGAUGUAUAAUGGCACGGAAGAUCUAUGGGAUGUUGUAUACCUGGAGUACACAUCGUUGUUAUUUAAUGUAAUUGCAAUGGAUAAUGGUAGUGUGCCAUAUGGAAUGACAGCAACUGUUAACAUCUCUGUCAGUAACACUUGUGUUCUAGAUGUGUUAUUUGGAAAGAUUGCUUAUAUGGUUUAUGUGGAUGAUGCAACAGGCGACAUGACUUUGAGAAUACCAAAAUACUGGAUGUAUGAGUUUCUAUGUAAUGACAAAAUAGGCCUGACAUCUGGUAUAGUAUUAGACAAUAUGUUGGCAGCAUCCUCAACACUAGAUCCAGAUACCAGUUUCGCCGGUAGAGGUCGCGUCGACCAGCCUGAAAACACGUACAACGGACUGGCUGGAGCUUGGGUUGCAGGGACACAGGAUACAAACCAGUAUAUAGAAGUAGAUAUGGGAAUGCCGUACAGGUUUACUGGGGUGUAUGUACAGGGAAGAGCUGAUGCUGAUGAAUGGGUGGAGUCGUUCAGACUGCUUUAUUAUGAUGAAUAUAACACGAUCUGGCAAACAUACACAAACUCAAAUGGAACUGAUACAUUUGCUGGUAAUAGUGACAGAACGACGGUUGUUAGGUAUGACUUUGACCCAGUGAUAUUGAGUAACAAGAUACGAGUAAACCCACAAACAUGGUCUGGGAAUAUUGCCAUGCGGCUAGAAUUUGAUGGCUGUUCACAGGCAGAACAGUUGUAUUAUGACGUUAGCUGCCAGAGGUGUGAAACAACAUAUUACUGUGAAGGUGAAGGUGUUCAGAAGAUGUGUGGCAGAUGUGAGGAUUCUAAUUCAACGUGUGACAGAAAUCCCAUCGAGCACUCGUUCGGUCUACAGUCAGAAUGUUCGCCAUGUCCUGCUGGCUGGAUUUGUCAGAAUGGUUACGCCACCCCGUGUAAUAUAUAUCAUUAUGUAGAGUGUACUAACACCUCAUGCCCUACAUCAUGUACACACUGUGAGCCAGGAUAUGCAUGCUUCGGUGGUAUCAGAAGUAUAUGUGAACCCGGAUCGUACUCUGAUGGAAACAUGGAACAUUGUGAAUCCUGUGAAGAGGGUACAUACCAAGAUGUAUCCGGUCAGAGCUCUUGUAAAACGUGUGAUCCAGGUUAUUACAGUGGUCGGCGGAUGUCUGCCUGUGACAGAUGUGAACCGGAAGAAUACAGUACCGGAACCGGUUGUAUACAGUGUGCAGAUUCAACUGAAUGUCCGUGUCUUAACGGUGACAAAUGUUAUGAUGAAUCCUACUGCUAUAACACAGGGUCUGGGGGAUACGGCUGUGUGGCUUGCGAGUCCGGCUUGACAGGAGAUGGAACAAAUUGCGCAGAUAUCGACGAGUGCACAGAUUAUCAGCCUUGCUUUCAAGACCGUUGUAUCAACACUGAACCAGGGUACCAGUGUCUGGAAUGCCCGGAAGGAUAUUCUGGAACUUAUGAAGAUGCAUAUGCACACGAUAAACACUUGCGUGUAUUUAAAUACUUGAAUUUAGAGAGAUCAAACAUUACAUAUCAGGAGUGUAACGAUAUAGACGAGUGUACAAUAGAUAAUGGUGGCUGUGAUCCCCUGAUGGAAUGUGUCAAUAACAUUGGAAGUUAUUAUUGCAAUUUCUGCGCUUCCGGAUAUAUGGGGACAAACAAGAGUGGGUGUUACCUUGACAAUUUUUGUUUGUCUGGAACUCAUGGCUGUACAUCGUUAGCAGACUGUGUAUACCUAGGCCCUGGGCAGUAUAAAUGUGUAUGUAAGAUAGGCUAUGCAGGGAAUGGAAAAGUUUGCGGCUUUGAUUCUGACAACGACGGGCAUCCUGACACUGGGAUAUCUUGCAUUGAUUGGGGGUGUCGUAAGGAUAAUUGUAUAACAGUGCCUAACAGCAUGCAGGAAGAUACAGACGGUUUGGGUUUAGGUGAUAACUGUGACACUGAUGAUGAUAAUGACCAACAAUAUGACAGUCAGGACAAUUGUCAGUUUGUUUCCAAUCGCGAUCAAACAGAUUCAGAUGGUGAUGGAGUUGGUGAUGCCUGUGACAAAUGUCCAAAUGGCAGUGACCCCGACCAGACUGAUAGCGAUGGUGAUGGCACAGGCGAUGUAUGUGAUAGUGACGACGAUGGAGAUGGUAUCGAUGAUGGAUCUGACAACUGUCCACUGGUUGCUAAUGCUGGACAAGAAGAUGGCGAUGGAGACGGCCUCGGAGACUCCUGUGACAAUUGUCCGAAUACAUCCAAUAUAGAUCAAGCAGACACCAAUGAAAACAACUACGGUGAUGCCUGUGAUGAUGUUGGUGCGACAAAUAUAGAUGAGGACGGUGACAGUAUACCAGAUACGUUAGACAACUGUCCAUUCUAUAUGAAUGGUGACCAGGCUGACACAGAUGGAGAUAGUAUCGGAGACCUGUGCGACUCUGAUCUUGAUGGAGAUGGAAUUGCCAAUGAGGCCGAUAACUGUCCUCAUUACUCUAACAGUGAUCAAGCUGACACCGACGGCAAUGGUGUUGGCGAUAUCUGCGAGUCGGAUUCGGAUGCUGAUGGAAUUGACAGUGAGAAUGAUACAUGUCCAUAUAAUGCAGCCCUGAAGGAGACAUCUUUUAAGAAUUAUUUUACAGUGAAUUUAUAUCCUACACUUACAACGACUUAUCCUGUCUGGCUGGUUAAGAAUAAUGGCGCAGAAGUAAUGCAAACAGCUAACACGGGAAUGCCCACAAUGCUUAUAGCUACCGAGUCGUAUGGAGCAAUAGAGUAUAAAGGGACAUGGUACACUACGGAUACAAAUGCUGAUGAGUAUUUCGGAUUUGUUUUUGGCUACGUAAGUAACAGAAAAUUCUACGUUGUUAUGUGGAAAGGAAAACACUAUAACUACAAAGAUGGUGCUGACUCUACAUACAAAGGCGGUAUACAAGGAGCCCAGAUAAAGUUGGUAGAUUCUUCAAGUGGGCCGAGUUCUACACUUGCAAAAGCACUGUGGCAUAGCUAUGACACUUCAGGUCAUGUGACAAUGAUUUGGCAAGACCCGGAUAUGAAUGGCUGGGAACCAGAAACCUCAUACAGAUGGUACCUCACCCACAAGCCAACAAUAGGUUAUAUCAGCUUGCAGAUUUACCAGGGAACCAGUUUAGUUUGUGACUCUGGUGACCUGUACGAUUCUACUAUCACGGGUGGGCGAGUAGGCGUUUUUCAGUUUGGCGAAUUUCCUGUGAUCUGGUCAGACCUAAAGGUGAACUGUCUAGACCAUACAAAUCAAGGUCUUUACUUAGAUGGAACUGACGAUUAUGUUGAACUGGAUGAUGCAGUUACACUUGGAAUGGAGAACAGUUUUUCUAUAGAGGUUUGGAUAUCACUUGAUUCUGGCUACACAAACGGUCCAUAUCCUGUACUCUGCACAGCAGAGGGCACCAUAUGUCUGACUGUAGAAUCAGGCCUGGUGACAGGUCGGUAUGGAGACUCCAGUGUGACUUCAACAACUUCAAUGUCUGCUGACCAGUGGUAUAACAUCAUCUUUCGACAUAGGAUUGAAUCUGGAUCUAUUUCUAUCUUUGUUGACGGCACGAUUGAAGGGGACACAACUGGAGUAUCGAAUUUAAACUUUACUGAGUUAUCCAGUGCGACUAACUUGACAAUGUUUAUUGGGAAAGAAAAUGAAACAUAUUUUCGAGGAACAAUUGACGAGGUUCGAAUCUAUAGCGAAGGCAUUCAAGAUGAUGAAAUAACAGAGCAUAUAAGUCUUGUAUCUGUUGAGCGACCAGCGCUAAAAAACUACGGCACUUUACAUUUUCGCAUGGAAGAUUCAGCUGCGAAUGCAACGCUUCUCAACUCUGCUCGUCUUUCAGAUGUGACUGCAAAUAAGAAUGGUGGAUCAUUUGUCAAGAGUUAUCAACAGUACCAACAGUUCAAGAUUGCCUAUCCGGACAACCGAUAGAUGCCAUCUCUAGCAUUCAUUCAUACAGUUCUUGUUCUCGUAUAUAUAAUGACCAUUUACUUUUUAUUUUACCAUUGUACAAAGUAUAACAAUUUGCACAUUAAGUUCAGCUGUGUUUCUUUCCAAAUCUACAUGGAGUCUUAAUGGUAAACUGGUGAUCAAUUUAUUUCACCUUCAGUGUCUUACAUGUAAAUAGUAUGUGUAAAAUUUAGCUAAAUUGUUGUCAAAUAUACCCUCUAGCUAUUAUAAUAUAUCCCCUAUUUAGGCUAAUUAACAUGCUUUGCAUACAAAUACUUUUAUUAAAAAAAAAACCAAUCUUUUAGAAUUAUUAACCAUUAAGUUAACUUUUAAAACAAAUAAUAGUAUGAUUUAGUUCUAGUAGUAUAUUUUCAUUAGCAGAUCAUUGACUGCAGAAACACUUUGAACGUUAUUUCUUGCCUACCUAGCGGGGAAAGUAUACAUUUAUCCGAGCACGCGCCGGCGAUAACCUCCUCCACCCCGCCAGAUAAACUUUCUCAUCUACGGCACUAACCUAUUAUUCUAUUUAUCGCAUAGUGCGGCAAUUUUCCUUUGAUCUUUGCAGCAUGUUAUACAUAGUAACACACAUUAUUACUACAAAACUGUGCUGAUAUCUUACAAAACUGUUGCGAUAUAUAUCAACACGGAAAUCUCUAUGCAGUUUCAUAAGAAAAAAAGUGUUCCGAUAUAUAUCACCACAGUAAAACUGUUCCGAUAUAUAUCGGAACACUUUUUCUCUAUUGAGGUCCUAUCAAGGGAGUAUAAUUUUUUCCUUUCAAAGAAAAGAUGAUUUUAGCUCCAAUUUACAGUUCAUAGAGGAAGAAUUGUCACAAACACCUACAUUUAUAAAGUAAAAGAAUAAAUAAACUAGAAUAUUUAAAAAACUUGAUAGUUAUUGCCAAAUUCAGAAAUACAUGAAAUAUAUGAAAUUCUGAGAUUUCUCAAAUGUUUCUUUUUCUUUGAUUUUUUUUACAAACAAAACAACAAGUUUUACAAUAUGUCUGGCCAAUGAAAUGCAAAGAUUUAAAACCAAUGCAGAAAUUUGUUGGGUACUUUUAUCUGGGGAACACAUUUUCUAAAACAGAAGUUUUAGUGUUUCAGUCAGCGAGGCGCAGAAAGGGAAUCAAAUAGUAAAAAAUAAUUAUAAACAAAUUUAAAUGAAAAUAAUAUAUAAAUUUUAAUGAUAAACUAUGCGAUAAAACAGUUAUAAUAUGUAGUGCUCGUGUGUUACCAGGCUAUAUCAGAGCUAGGGGUACAUCUCGUUAUUUUUCUCUUCACAUAUCUGUCUCGGCCUACCGGCCUCGACGAUAUGUGCAGAGAAAAAUACCCUCGAUGUACCCCUAGCUCUGAUAUAUCCUGGUAACACACUCUCACACAUACUAUAACUAUUACUUAUCUUGUCAUUACUUCAUUUUCCAAUAUUUGGCAAUUUAUUUUACAAAAAUAAGUGUGCGACAACCGUUUUAAUGACGUCAUAUUCGUAAUGACGUCACUUAUAUUAUGACGUAAUCACCGACACAGUGAUGUGGUUACAAAUAAAAAGCGCAAUAACUUCUUCGUUUUUGAAUAAAAACUCAUUAUUUGACCACACAUUUUCUUAGUUCGGACAUUUCCAACACAAUGGUGAUGGUUUCAAUGCAAAAUUUCUUAUGACAUAAUAUCGAUCAUAAGGUCACAUGAUCAACUGACCGUAUAUCACUGGUCACGUGUCAACUGACGGUAUAUCAAGAUAGAUAUACGGCACCCUGAUAUCGGGUCGAAAAUACUGCCAGGACAGGAUAAAUUCCUUUAUCCUACCCUCAUACAAGAUAUAGCACAAAAUCAGCCUGCCUAAUAAACUUUGCUUUAUUUAGUCAGUGUCAAGAUAUCACUUUUGCGGGAACUUUUGAAAUCACAUAUUUUAUCAAAAUUUUUGCAUUGAAACCGUCGCCAUUGUAUUGGAAAUGUUUGAACUUAGAAAAUGAGUGGUCAAAUAAUAGGUUUUUAUCCAGAAACAAAAAAGUUGUUGCUAUUUUUCACUUUUACAGCACUUCAGCCAGAAAUUUUGAAAACACCUUUUUCCCGAAUUUUUCACUGAAACCGUUAUCAUUGUAUUGGAAAUGUUCUAACAAAGAAAAUAAGUGGUAAUAUCAAAAGUUUUUAUCCAGAAACAAAGAAGUUAUUGCAAUUUUUCAAUUUUACCCACAAAUUGAAUUGCACUUGCAAACGUCAUAUAUGACGUCAAGUCUGCACGCUUUUGCUCUUUCCAACGACUUUUUACCCAAUUUUCUGAGCAGGUAGGAUAAAUAGAAUAUUAGAUUACUGUCUGAAAAAUUUUAAUUUAUUAGGCUCGUCUACGAAAAUUUAUAAGGCUCGGCAGAGCCUCGCCUAAUAUAUUUUCUUCGACUCGCCUAAUAAAUUUAAAUUUAUCCGACAGUAACCUAAUAUUCUCUAUGUCUUUCCCUAGGGAAAUACCUUGUCUAAAAUAGCGUGCACUAAGGUGACGUCACAUAGUACUGGUAUCAUUGUGACGUCAUACACUUUAUAAAUAAUGUCAGGAAAUACCCAAACCUAUUUGUCUCCACGAUCUAUUUUGAACAUGAUAGGCAAGAAAAAUGAUCUAACAUGUCUGCCUGUGUAAGACAGCUGUUUUCCCUACCCUCGGGACAGCUAACGCUCGGUUUUCCAUUCCACACUGUCCCUCGGGUAGGGAAAACCCCGACUUGAACAGACUCAAUCAAACCGAGUCUGCAAUUUUCACUAUUUGCUUUGUUCUCGGUGCUUCCGAGGGAUCUACUUUCCAGAUUUUAUUUACACAGGCAGGCAUGUAAGAUCCUUAUAACGUCGAUCGGGGUAUUAUCGGACAAAAUUCGUGAACAUUAAGUCUCACACGACUUACCAUAAAUAAGACUCAGAAAUCCUCUCUCACUUUACAGCUGCAUGAGUACUUUCCUUUUCUCAAAAAUAGAUUGGUUGGUAUUACGUCAUAUGACUUGCUACGUAUACAAUCAUUUUGAGGUGUUCAAAGUGGGUAUUAUCGGUCAUGCAGGGGUAUUACCGGACACGUAUUUAUGACACUAGCCAUACACCAUCAAUUUGAUUUUGGCAAAUUCAAUAGGAAAUAUUUUGUUGAGUAAUGCAUUUCUAGGCAAUAUUCAAUCCUAUAUGCAUGAAAUAUAGACCUUCACUACACUCUUUUCAAUUUUAGCUAAUCACUGUAAUAGUAUGCAUAGACGUAGCAAGGAUUUUCUGGAAGGGGGUGCGAAUACGAGACGAAUAGGGGUAGGUGCAGGAGGGGGUUUCUUUUUGGUCUGUGUCACCACCAACCCCAUCAGCAAUUAUAAUUAAAAUUUUGCGAGCAACAAGCAGGAAAUUUGGACUGUUGUAAAAUUCAUUAUUAAUGCGGUUAAUGUAGUCUCCCAAUUUUUUUUAAACAAGUGUCCGAAAAUACCCCUUGACGGGCCUCCAUGGAGAGUAAGGCGUCUCUGUCAUACAAAGUACAUUUGUACCUUGCAUUGUUUGUUUAUCAAACCGACUGUACACGCUGGUGCCAAAUCACCACUUGAGCACAUCAUUUUUCAUGUUUUCAAUGAAAUAUUCCAACAAAUGUUAUAUCGGAAUGAUAAUAUUUGUAACAGGAAGUGGAUUUAUUCUGCAUAGGGGAAUAUUUUUGUUUGCAUUUUUGUUAACUUUUAGCGUUACGUCAGUCCGAGAUCACUUGAAAUUUUUUGUUUUCUUUGUUGUUGUUUUGUUUAUUCAUUUAAUAUAUAUUAUUUAGGUCUAAAGGGACAUAUUUCUUAAACUCUAAGCAAUCUAAAAAUGUUGUUGUUGAAAAAUGUUGACCCAAAUGAACCUGUUACAUUUAAUUUAGAAAAACAAUACAGUCUUCGAUGUUGAACUUGCAUAGGCGUAGGAGCAGGGGGGGGGGGGGGGGGCCAGGGGGGGCCAGGCCCCCCAAAGCUAGGAAAGGGGGGGGCAAAGUAUAGUUUGGCCCCCCGAAUAUUUUGGAAAAGAGAUAUAAAUUGCAGUCUAAUAUAACAUUUACUUAGCAUCAUAUAAUUCUUUUCAACCUGAUUUCUGAUUUGCAUUUGGCCUUCCCUUGUAUUCUGACUAAAAAUGUCUCUUUCCGUAGUGUGAGUACUGAAAUCUAUACGCGCCACGCCAAGAAUUGUUUACAUUUUAUGAAAAUAAUAUAUCAUUGAGCGCAAUCACUACAGUUCCGGUUUGAGCGUCUGCAAAAUCAAUGUAGCCUAACUAUUAAGCCUGUUUACGCAUGUAAACGUUACGUAUUUUUUUGUUUUUCAUUGUCCAUUCAAGGGAAAUGAUAUUUCCACAACUUUAUACCACAAUUAGACAAAUGCAGUGCUAACUGAUUGUAUGUCCAGGGCUUCAACAGAAGAAUGUAAAAAAAUGACACACUUAAUGUCACGAAUAAUGCACCGAGGAUACCUUGCUGCUAACCCCCCCCCCCCCCCCCCAACAAACCGCCGGUCGAAAAGGUUUGGCCCCCCCCCCCCCCAAAGUUAAACUCGCUCCUACGCCCAUGACUUGAUCCCAGGACACCGAAAACGUUAGCACUUAUUCUUCCCAAUGAAACCAUAUGCUGGAAAAUUCUGAAGUUAAUGCUGCACUUGAGGUGUAUAAUUUUUGUUAACUUGUAUUGGUUUUGUUAAAUAUCACGUGUGGCGAGUUCUGUUUUACAUGGAAAAAAGUUGUGGCAGUAGUUUGUUUCCUUUAUAUUGUAAUGCUUAAUAAUGGAACUUUACCUACCAACAUUUAGAAAAUUACUUCAACGGAAACAUCAUUCGUGAUUGAUAAUGUAACGUGUGUUGAAAUAUGUCUACUUCUGUAGGUGGUGGUUUCUGUUUCAUCCAUUUAUUUUGACAACCGUGAUCUGAAAAUAAUAAGCACAAUGGAAACAUUU